AUGAAGUUAGUUGAUAUAAAAAAACUCGACUCGUCGACGAAAACACCUGUGUAUCUAUAUAACAACAUCUCAUAUAAUCAAGCGGACAAGGUUCCAGUCGAACUGCCAAUUCGAACAUAUGUUGUGCGGGACUGUGAUCAAAUAGUUGCUUCUGUUCACAUUGAAGAAAAAAAGAUGGUGCUUGGUGUUUGGAAUAUGACAGAAAGCAAUUCAUCGAUAAGUUCAAGAUGA